ACUGUUAGCCCGGCUGUAUUAGCGCAAUAACAGCAGCUGCUCGCAGGGUUAAGCUGCUUUUCUAGCAUGACGCGGAUGGAAUACACUGAGCGUUAAUGUUGUUUACAUGGCCAGCACCACGUAGGCUUUAAAUGUGAAAAGCCAAACAGGAAUCUGCAUUUUAAGGACGUGACUUUGACCGAAAGCAUCAGCUGUGCGCCUCACUUGACUGGAAGAAGCAGUGGAGCGCAGCAGCGCGCAGGGCAUGUAGCCGAAACUACACCAGACUGUGGAGUUGAAGUUUUCUUUUGUUUUCUUUUGUUUUUUUCUUUACCCGGAGUGUUUUAUUCCAUCUGUGGGAAAAAAAAUAAACAUUUAAAGCUGCUCUUCGACAUUAUUAUUUGCUUGGAGCUAAAUGACAAGGAGGUAGCGACACAGAAGCACUCAGUGAUUUAAACAGGGGAAACCAUGGAGAGCAAGGGAUUACUUCGCUGUAAGAUUGUGGUUGUCGGGGACAGCAAGUGUGGCAAGACGGCUCUCCUUCACGUUUUUGCCAAAGACUCGUACCCAGAGAAUUACGUUCCCACGGUGUUUGAGAAUUACACGGCUAGCUUCGAGAUUGAGAAGCAGAGGAUCGAGCUCAACAUGUGGGACACAUCAGGUUCAGCUUACUAUGACAAUGUGCGGCCGUUAGCUUAUCCUGACUCAGAUGCUGUGCUCAUCUGUUUUGACAUCAGUCGACCGGAGACGCUGGACAGCGUACUGAAAAAGUGGCAAGGUGAAACACAGGAGUUCUGCCCCAAUGCCAAAGUGGUGCUUGUCGGCUGCAAGUUGGACAUGAGGACGGACCUCAACGUCAUGAGAGAGCUUUCCAAACACAGACUCAUUCCUGUCACACAUGAGCAGGGAACCACUUUGGCGAGGCAGAUUGGCGCCGUGGCCUAUGCAGAGUGCACCUCAAAGUAUUCGGAGAACAGCGUCCGCGAUGUAUUUCACGUCACCACCCUGGCAUCUGUGUCCAACAUUCAUCGGCCUCAGCUCAAACACGCCGGAUCACGCCACGGCCUCAAGCGGGUUUCCCAGCAGCCACCUCGGACUGAGAUUCACGAGCGUCCGCCUGCCAUUAGAAAGGACCGAGCCAAAAGCUGUGUGCUCAUGUAGGACCAGAACCUACCUGCUGCCUGAUCUGUGUGUGUGUGCUGACGGAGCAUGCCACACAUGAACUUAACUUAUUGGUGAAUUGUUGUCAGAUUCUUUGCACUGCAUAAAGGACGAUGUGAUAAAAGCGAGAACGGAUGCUAUCCUGAGGAGGUCUUUGAAGGGUUGUUUGUCCAUUUUUAGCAAAACUCUGCUUUUUACUUUUCUUUGUGGCUGUGCGCUCAUCAGGGGAGGACAUCGUAGCGGCAAAAGCAAAUUUCUUUAACGCUUGUACCUGAACAAGUGGACAAAAAAACAGAUAAAUUAAAAACAAGACACAAAAUAGUGCAUAGGGAGAUGAAAAGGAAAAAAAUAUAUAUUUGAAAGAUCGUCUUGCAGGAAGCAGCGGUAACCGUGCUGGUGUUGACCUCUAUUAUUGUUGUUUCCUGUUUUGAAAUGCUCCUCUGUCUUCAAGUGUUUAAGCAAAUGAAGCACAAUACGAUGCACGCAAAGCGCUCUGAGAAGUCUGUAAAUGUCAGGGAAUGAACUCUGCUCUCCCCGCUGCGCAUAACAAAUUAAAAAUGAAAAUCUGGACUCGUGGGCUGAGAUGACACUAAUUUUCUUAAACCACAAGUGCUUUUAAUAUUGAAAAACGAAAUAAUCACUCACCACAUAAUAUUGUUGUGCUGUGUAAUUACUGUUGUUCAAAUAAUCAACACUGGAAAGGAACGUCACAGAGGGCGUUGAGAUGAAUAUUAUGUUGUACAUGUGAUAAUGAAAUAAAAAAAAAUCGUCUCUGCUAAGUGUUGGAAGAUCUUUAAUGUGACAUAUUUAUCUGCUGGAUGCUUGUCAAAGCUAAGAAACUGCACCUCAGUUUCAAGACAUUUUCUUGCCCAGACAAGAAAAUAUCUCUCUGAAAAAUAAAAAAUCAUUCUGCCUGCAAAGAUGUGGCUUUAAUUUUGAAAAAGGUGAAAAAUAAUAAAUGAGACAAAAAGUACACACAAUGCUUCGGAGCAGCGCAGACCCACAAAACCUGCAAAUCCUACAUUUCUGUAAUCAUGGGUCUGUGAUCGUGGCAGCAGCUCUGUGAAGCAGUACUUCAGCACAGCAGUGCUUUCAGUUAAAUGUGAACAUGCUGACUCACCUGUAUGUCGGUGACCUGUCAUGUAAAUGGACUGGCGCCUUUCGACUCUGUUAAGAAUUCAAAGCUCUUUCUACUGCAGGUCUCAUUUCCACACAAUCACAAAUAGAUUCAUUCUUUUAUUUAUGCUUACAUGCACUCGCACUCUAUCGGGGGCAACUCUGGGUUCAAGGAUACUUCGGCAUGUGGACUUUCCGAAUGGUAGAUGAACCUCUGCCACCUGAGCCACAGCUGUACAGUAGUGCUGCUCAUCUACAGAAAGACCACAUAUGACAAUUUGAUGUCAGCAGGAAGUUUCUUGGGUAACCGUUCAAAUGGUGUGGGCAACUCGGUCGUGGGUUGUCCCAGCGCUUCGCACACUUUCAUCACACACGUGCAACUCAAACGCUCCUUGUGAUCCUUUUUCACUGCGGUGUCUCCUAACCAGUCUGCUGCAUGCUCUGCUACUUUCUACUACCUCCUCUCCGGGUCCCAGCAUGCUACCGAAAGGUACUUGUGAGAUAUUGCAGUCUGGAUCAAACUAGUGGACCAAUCAUGCAGUUUGCAGAGCUAACAGAAACAGACUACUCUCAUUUCCAAUUGUUAAGUCAUGUUAAAACAAUGGCUCUGACCUCCACAUUUAGAUAAAAGUCACCUUCUCACUCCAAGGUAUAAAGAAAAAACAUGGUCUCAUCAAUGUUUGUCCAUGUUUGUGACUUGUGAGUGCAGAUCAGUGAAUAACCACACAGUAUAACAUGAAUUUAAAGUGUAACCCGAAUGUUUUCUCAAACAAGUUUCAUUUGAAACAGUUACUGGAGUGGUUUUAAAAAGGUCUUGACUAAAAGAGGCAUUAAUAAUGAAAACCUUGGUGUUUGUACACUAAAUAAAAUAUCAGUAGUCUAAUUGCUGACUCCUUAAUGGCAGCAGCUAUUAGAAACCUACAUUAGUCUGAAAUUCAGUGGCUAUUUUGCACACACUUAUACAAAAAGUUGAAAUAUAUAUGUAACAUGAAUACACUGUAUUUCUUGAAUGUAAAGAAAAAAAAAUAAUGCAGUUGGUUUUGCUGCUUUUAUGAGCCUUGUAGUCUGACCUUUAACUGUUACUUUUGUUCCAUUUUGUUUCCUGCCACCAUGGAUAAGGCCCCACAGCAACUCUCUGCCUGUGCGAGUACAGCAAAGUGACAUUUUGCGGCAUCACUGCCAUGUUGCCACGCAGGGAGCGUUAGGUCACUCCACACGCUAGAGGCCAGGCCGGUGCAAACACCCUGUCGGGGGGAGAUGAUGUCCACACCAACGAACGGAGAGAAGAAAAUCUGCUCAGUAAACUCUUGUAUAAUGAUUCUCACUAAUACGAUGUAAUUCUAAAUAGAGUACAUAUGUAAAUAUAGUUACAAUACUGGUAUAGGUGUAGUAGUUUCAUGCAGUAUUGUCCUGUGGCGGCUGGACUCUGCCGGGGCUGCCCUUUAUCACUGACUCUUUACAUAACUUAUAUGGACAGAUUUUCUAGGGAUAGCAAAGGCAGCAUUGAGUUCCCAGUUUGGUGGCCUCUGUAUUACUUCUUUGCUUUGUGUGGAGGAUGAAAGCUUGCUGGCUUCAGCAAAUGCUGAUCAGCUCGUGCUGGGAGUGCAAAGUGGCUGACAUCAGAAUUAGCACUUCCAAAAAUGAGGCCAUGGGUUUCAGCCUGAAAAGGGUGGAGCUCUUUCUCCAGGUUAGUGAGGAGCUCACCAUCACAUGUUGGAGUUCAAACAUCUUGAAGUCCUAUUCAUGAGUGAGGGGAGGUUGGAGCAGUACCUGCAAUGAUAUUGAUGCUUUACCAGCUUUUGUGUGGUGAAGAGAGCUGAAUAUGCUGCUCCUCCAAAUUAAAAAGGGCCCAAUUACGGUGAUUCUAGUAAUCUGAUUAGAUUUCCUCCUGGACAUCUCACAGGUGAUGUGUAUGAGCAUACCAGGAGAAGACCCUGAGGCAAUCCCAGGACAUGCUGGGAAGAUUAUGUCUCUUGACUGGCUUGGGAAUGCUUCAGUGUCCUUGCAGAAGAGCUAGCGGUGUCUGGUUAGUGCUGCCGCUGUGACCGAGACUCGGAUAGAAGGCUUGUUAGAAUUAUAGCGUAAAAAGCGAGUAGUUUCUUUUAUAAUAGAAGGACCAUGAGUAAACAGGAACUAAUUAGAUUAUAAUUUCGACUACACCAGCGAAAGCACCCCUCAAGGAUCAGUAAAAUCAAGUUAAGAGACCAAACCUGCAGGUUAGAGCCGCCUGCAGCCCCAGGCACUGUGUCAGCCUUUGCUGCUGUUUCUUUGAUGCUGCACUCAAUGUGAACGACGUCACGUAAUAGGCUCUCCAACCUCUCGGCUGAAGCGAGUAAACAUAUUUAGCAAACAGUCAUCUCUCCUGUCCUUGCAGCCUCACCUGGCUCUGUAACAUUCCCAGAGGUGGGAAAUAACAAAAUGCAAAUACUUUGUUACUAUGCUUAAGCGAAUUUUCAACCAUCUGUACUUUACUUGGCUAUU